GCCGUCCGACAUAGGUGAAGUUCAUCCCAUGGAGAAAUCUUUGUGGUGCAAGUUCUUGUGGAUUGUCGCAGUGUUUCUACUGAUUUUUCUUUGGAUCGUCUACCCAAGUGAUAGAUGCGUGCUCAAUUUCUCCACUGGGGCGGUCAACUUUAGCAAAACGCAUCAAGAAAGAGUGAGAGAUCUGGUGAAUAUUUGGAGCGAGACCCUGUAUGGAGUGAUGAACAAGAGCGCCAAUCUAGAUCUCGAUUCACUCUCUUAUGCUCCUCACAUCCAAGAUUGCAAAAGGUCUGGUGAAUUGCAUGCUAAGUUGGAUGGUCGUGGAGAGAAUGGGAAAUGGCCCCCUUGGAGCCUGUCCCAGGGAUCAAACCUUGAUAGCAGCGAGGUGGAGAUUAUAAUGGAUCAAAUGUUCUACAUCAACAAUACAGUUCCCAGUCUCAACAUUCCUUGGAUUCUUGGUGGUGAUGAGGAGAAUCUCCCAUUGACAAGGCUUGUCCAGCAUGAUUUGUGGCUGAAUCAACACCCCAAAGAUUGCAGCAAUGCAAGGUUUCUCAUGGCAGACUGGUUUAGCCAGCAAACACCCACCUCCAUCGGUGUUGGCUCGGAGCUUGUAUUUCUCUCGGCUAUGUUCUCGAUGGCUGUCAUGCAAAAGAGGGUGUUGGUGACCAAGGCAUAUCACGGGGCAAAUCAUUCGGGAUGUUUGGGAUUGGAUCAUGCGAGAUGGUCUUGCUAUUUCGUUCCUGAGGCUUCGAGUGAAUGUAUUGCCCGGGCUUUGGAGCUUUCCUCGCAAAAGGAACCUUGGGAUCAAGGCCUUCUUGUAAAUUUUGAUCAUAAUCACGGGUGGACUGUCCCAAGAUUGUGGGGUGAGCCUUGGAAAAGAAUCGAACCAUCAGUGGAACUCGAUGGGGUUCUUAUGGCAGAUGUCAAUGGUAACAACGAAAGAAGGUGGUGGAGAGCUCAGGUGUUCCGAUAUCUCAUGCGUUUUCGGAGCGAGUAUCUUUGCAAUCUACUAAACGUAGCCCGGAAUGAGGCAUUUGGAGAGGCAGCAGCAAGAUUGAUACUAAAGAAUUACCCACAAGGCAAUUGGAACUCUAACAAUCAUAGCUCUCAUAGUGAGAGUCCCAUGGAAGCAAAUCUUUGGAGCAGCUAUGGACCAUGGAUUCCACGGCCUUUAGUGAGCAUUCACGUGAGACAAGGAGAUAAAAACAUCGAUAUGGAAGUCCAUCCCUUUAAAGACUACAUGAAGCUCGCCAUGAGGCUGCGCAAGAAAUUCCCACACAUAAACCGUGUGUGGCUUUCAACAGAAAUGCAGAAUGUAAUUGAUGAAAGCAAGGAGUAUGAAGGCUGGAAUUUUUUCUUCACUGAUAUAAAGAGACAGGUUGGAGCAACACGCAUGGCCGAGUACAUGGCUUCACUGGGAAAGAGGAAAAAUUUUGAGAAUAGUUAUGUCAAUCUCUUGAUGGCUGCUGACUGUGAUUUCUUUGUGGGAGUUUUGGGGUCAACUUGGAGCUAUGCCAUUGACUGCUUGAGGAUGACCAGCGGAAAAGUCAAGGCUGGCUUCCUCACAGUCAACCCCGUGAAUUACUUGCUGCGAUAACUUUAUUUGUCACUUGAAAGAAGA